GUACAUGACCAUAGGUGUCCAAACCUCACCAAAUAGUGGGGGCCUCCUGAAGUUAGCCACCUUGCGCGAACUAAGUUAAGUAAACUUAGAGAGUAUCCCACAAAUAAAGUGAUCUCCAUGAAACUAAACUAACGCAAGAAAAUGUCACGAAUCGCGAACACAAGAGAAGUGAUACUAACAAGCGACAGCACCGGUGAGCAUUGGAGUGCCGCAGUAUGGGACCCGCGGACCGGUUCUCUAUUAUCAACCUACAAAAACGCGGGAGCGCUCAGCCAUCGAACUCUGCAGCUCCUAAACGACAGUUACGUGAUCGGUGCAGACCUAACAAAGCCCCGCAUCCACAUUUGGCCCAUAAACAAUCACAAUCCGGUUCCUAACCUCCGCCUUACCACGCCGGGAAAAGUGACAGCGCUCUGUUGCUCGCCCAAUGGCGCCUACAUCGUGGCGGCCAUUUCCGAGAAGUUGUUUCUGUGGCAAGCGUGCAACGGGCGCCUGCUAGGGAAUUUGUCGCAGCACUACCAAACGGUGAGCUGCUUAUCGUUCAGCAAAGACGGCUCUCUGUUCGCCAGUGGCGCUGAGGACGGUCUGGUGUUCGUGUGGUCACUAUACCGGGUGUUGAACGACGACCUGCCCACGGCGUUGCACGCUUUCUCGCACCAUUCGCUGCCGGUGAAGGACCUACAGUUUGGCCACGCGGGUGCCAAAGGAAGACUAUGCUCCGUGUCCCUGGACCGCACGUGCAACGUGUACGACCCUGGCAGUGGUCAAUUACUGCUCACCCUCGUGUUCAACGUGCCCCUCACCGCCGUUUGCAUGAACGCGAAGGAGAGCGACUUGUUCGUCGGCUGCACCGAUGGAAGCGUUUAUCGAUUUAAUCUGCACGAACCGCCCCGUGGAAUAGAGCACCACGUGCAGAUCCGAAAGGACGAUGGAGAGACCGCCACCUUCCAGGGCCAUAAAUCGAGCGUCGCGACGCUAUCGGUAUCCAUCGAUUGUCGAUACCUGCUGUCGGGUUCGACCACCGGCGAGGUUCAUUUAUGGGACAUCGCCAGUCGACAGAUCCUCCGGACCAUCGAUCACAAGGGACCAAUCACCGCCGCGUUCUUCGCGAAGCAGUACGAGAACUUUAGAGUCACGAAUCUUCAACCACGUUUGCAAGUUUGUAGUCUGCAGAGGGUGGCCGAUGAGGAGGGGAAGCAGAGUAUUGAAAUCAUAUCGAGGGAUCGACUUCAUGGGGAGUUGCUGGAUUUUGAAUCUUAUGUUGAGAAUAAAGAGUCGGGGAGAUCCGAGGAUCGAAACUCGAGGAAGAUGCUUGAGAUGAGGGAGGAGAUCGAUAGGUUGAAGGAAAUCAACGCCGCCAUUUAUCAGUACAGCGUUAAACGGAUACUGAACAAAACGAAUGGGACAAGUCCCUGAAAAGGAGGAUUAAGUUCUGGUUUGUGGAUGGGAUUAUCCGGAUGAGACGCUGAAUCUAUCCUUUUCGAGGAAUAUCAGUUUUGUAUGAAAUUUGAUUGCAAUAAAAAACCUGUACAGAAUUUA